AUGGCCGGCGGAAUCACCGUUCGCGAUGUCGAUGCGCAAAAGUUCAUCACUGCCUAUGCUGCUUUCUUGAAGCGCCAGGGCAAGCUGCCCAUUCCCGGUUGGGUUGACACCGUCAAGACUGGUCCCGCCAAGGAGCUCCCUCCUCAGGACAUUGACUGGUUCUACGUCCGCGCCGCCUCCGUCGCCCGCCACGUCUACCUCCGCAAGACCGUCGGUGUUGGCCGUCUCCGCAAGGUCCACGGCACUGCCAAGAACCGUGGCAACCGCCCCUCUCACCACGUUGACGCCUCCGGCUCCGUCGACCGCAAGGUCCUCCAGGCCCUCGAGAAGAUUGGCGUCGUUGAGCAGGACGAGGACAAGGGUGGUCGCCGCAUCACCCAGUCCGGCCAGCGUGAUUUGGACCGUAUUGCCCAGACCACCGCUGAGGCCGAGGAGGAGGAUGAGGAGUAAAUUUACCAAUAAAAAAAAGUUGAACUCUUUUUAAUUUCCUUUUUUUUCUUCCUUCAACUGUCAUGGAUAGGCGGCAUUUGGAAUGGGCGUACGGUCUUCUAGUUUGAGAUGUAUGAACAAGAUUCCCUCUGGUUUUUGGGCUUUCGGUUAUCAAACUGGACGUGUCGCAGCCGUCUCUUCAUGAUCAAUUUUGCGCUCCCAUGAUACGUGUGACUGUAUGAGCCAACGUGGAUGCCAGCCUGCGGUGCGUAAUGAAUGCUUGUAGUAUGUAGAGAUGGAGUUUCGUAGGGAAUAUGAAUUAGCUGUUUGCUCCUUGAUAUAUGGUGGGAGAGCCCAGAUCGAAUGGAUUUGCCAACAGAAAAAUACCCAUACCUGC